AAGGAGAAAAUACCCCUUGUUCAGUUCAAAUAUCAUACAACAAAGGAACUAGCUCAGAAACUGGGAGCUCAAACAAAAAAUAUAUCUGAUGUAUUGCAAUUAACAGAUGACGAAGCUCUGAUUUUACUACAGUUUUACUCGUGGAACUCUGAAAGGCUUAUGGAGGAAUACAUGGAUGAUCCAGAGCGUGUAAAGGCAAACGCUGGUGUUGUGGAUGGUGGCUCUAAAAGUCACACUUCCCUAUAUAAGAAAUAUCCUCAACAUGAUUUUGGUUGUUUUAUUUGUUGUGAGGAUAAGGAUGAUAGUUAUCAGUUAUCAUGUGGCCAUGGAUAUUGUAUGGACUGUUAUAGACGUUAUGUGAAGGAUAAAACAUCAUCAGGCAAAGUUAUCAAGUGUCCCGAUUGUGAUGUUGCUUUAGAUUCCCAUGAUCUAGAGUUUAUUGGUGGAGAAGGUGAAUCAUUUAAGUUGAUUGAAAGCUCCAUCAGGGAAUGGGUUGAAAGACACAAAGCUUUCAAAUGGUGUCCAGCUCCAGAUUGUGAUAGUGUUGUUGAAGUUUUAAACUUGUCGGAUAUACCGAAUAUUGUUAAAAAUCAACAAGUUCCAGUUGCCACAUGUAACCAUGGACAUCAAUUUUGCAUUGCUUGUAAUUUUGAGAAUCACAAUCCAACACCAUGUCAAAUUACAAAAGAAUGGAUCACCAAAUGUAAAGAUGAUUCAGAAACUGUUAAUUGGAUUAUGUCUAAUACUAAACAAUGUCCAAAGUGUGAUUCUUCAAUUGAGAAAAAUGGUGGUUGUAACCAUAUGACAUGUAAAAAAUGUGGCAAUGAAUUCUGUUGGAUUUGUAUGGGUGAUUGGAAAGCUCAUGGAUCUUCAUUUUAUCAGUGUAACAGAUUUAAUAGUCAAACAGAGGAACAGAAGAAAGACAUUAAUAGUAAGGCAAAUUUGGCCAAUGCAUCCAAAACAUCAUUAAAAAGAUAUUUACAUUAUUAUAACCUUUUUGCAAUUCAUGAAGCUUCAACUAAUCAAGAUUUCAAGAGAUGCAAAUUUGUGGAGGAUAAAGUUCGUGAAUUGCAAGAAACAUCAGGCAUCUCAUGGAUUGAAGCCCAAUUUUUGGUUGAAAGUGCAGAAACUUUAUUGAAGGCUAGAAAAGUGUUGAAAUGGUCUUAUGCAUUUGCUUAUUACUGUGAUCGUAACAACUUUUUGGAUCUUUUCGAGUCUAUUCAAGCCGGCCUUUCAGAUGCAGUGGAGAACUUGAGUAAAUUGUUUGAAAUUGAGGAACCUUUAGAGAUUGUCAAACAAAAAUUAGAAUUCUUGAACAAAAGUAGGUAUCUGGGUGAUCGUCAAAAUGCAAUGAUAUCAUGUACACAAGAAGCUAUAAAGAACGGG